AUGGAGGCAGAAGACUCUGAGAAGGAAGCGGCGGAGCAAGAACCGCUGGAAAGGGAAGACCAAAAGCCGCCAGAGGAAGAGCAGGAGGAGGUGGAAGAAGAGCAGAAGGAAUGCAGCGGCAAAAAACGAGUAGUGCCGGGAAUUGUGUACCUGGGUCAUAUCCCACCGCGCUUCCGGCCCUUAAAUGUACGCAACCUUCUCAGCGCCUACGGAGAGGUCGGGCGCGUUUUUUUCCAGCCCGAAGAUGGGUUCGUGCGGCGUAAGAAAAAGAAGGCCGCGGCCACUGGAGAGAAGAAACGGUCCAAGUACAGCAAGGACUAUACCGAGGGCUGGGUGGAAUUCCGGGACAAGCGUGUGGCCAAGCGCGUGGCGGCCAGUCUGCAUAACACUCCCAUGGGCGCCCGUAGGCGCAGCCCCUUCCGCUAUGACCUAUGGAACCUCAAGUACCUCCACCGUUUCACCUGGUCACACCUUAGUGAACACCUGGCCUUUGAGCGCCAGGUGCGCCGGCAGCGCCUGAGGGCCGAGGUCGCCCAGGCCAAGCGUGAGACCGACUUCUAUCUUCGAAGUGUGGAACGGGGAAACCGUUUCCUCUCUGCUGAUGGGGACCCUACCCGCCCUAGUAGCUCCUGGACCUUUGCCCAGCGCCCCACGGAGCAGGAGCUGAGGGCCCGGAAGGCAGCACGGCCAGCGGGUCGUGAACGAGCACGUCUGGCUGCUGUCCAGGACCAAGCCCGUUCCAAUCGAGGGCUCCUUGCCAGGAUCUUUGGAGCUCCACAGCCUUCAGAACCCCGAGUGGCCAGGGACUCCUGA